GGGACUUCAGAGAAUUCUUUCGAUCAAAUCGAACCAUCGAAGAACAAAAUCAAAUCAAAUCAUAGAAAGCAAUCAAAUCAUAGCAAGCAAGGAUAUUACCGUAUCGCUUUUCGUGUCAACCAUCAACCAUCAACAAUCAUCUUGUUCCUCGUAACAUUUUACUCGAAUCCUUUCGCCUCAGCUCUAUCAGCAAUUAGCUACAACGGAAGUUGCGCAAGGUACAUCAACCACAGACUGCAAUAGAGGAAAACAAUUUAAAGCGAGAGAAUUGUAGCCAUUGAUCCUUCAAUUCCUCUCGUUACAGAACAGAAUCUACCAUUCUGUACAUGAUUGCUUCAAAAAUCAAACGUGUUCCGUACCAUCCGUUCGGUGUGUGGGCUUUCAACAAGAUCUUGAACUUGUUCUUACUUCUGAUUUUUGCGAACUGUCACAACAUGGUCGAUUCUCUCGCUCUCCGCAUGCCCCCCCUUGUUGACAAGAAAAAGGCGAACGCCGAGAUCUCUUGUUCCGAAUGUAAGGGUCCCGUGUUCUCUCUCGGACUGGACACAUACCGCGUUCCGAUGGCGUUGCACGAGCUAAACCGCGCUCGCCUGGUUCAAUCUAUGACGAAAGCGUUGACGGAAACAGAGCAAGAACCAUCGAUUUCUUCCUCACCGGAGAAUCCAUCUCUCCCGAGAGGGGUCAUAUUGCUAGAGGGUGGAAAGCAAACGACGCGCUACGACACAGACCACGAGCCUGUCUUUCGCCAAGAAUCCUAUUUUCACUGGGCAUUUGGUGUUCCGGAAGCCGACACGUAUGGGGCCAUCUCUCUUCCGUCGGGCGAUGCAACGAUCUUCAUUCCUCAAUACGGCUUGGACUAUGAAAUAUAUUGUGGCAGCUCCCCCGACUUGGAACAAACCCGGUCCAAGUACGGCGUAGAAAAUGUAAUGCCGAUCGAUCAGCUCGACGAAUUCAUUGCUUCGGAGCUAGCUCCGAGCGACGACGGGGGGGACGAUGCCCGGUUGUUUCUUUUGUCGGGUCGGAACACCGAUUCCGGAAAUUAUGCCAUACCGGCACACUACAAAGGGAUUGCAAAACACGAUGAGCGACGCAACACCGAGUCUUUGUUCCCGUGCAUGGUAGAAUCUCGGGUUUUCAAAACCAAGGCCGAAAUCGAGCUGAUGCGGUACACCAAUUGGGUGUCCAGCAUGGCCCACGUGGAAGUGAUGCGAUCUUGCCGGGUCGGAAUGAUGGAAUACCAACUCGAAUCACUCUUUCAACAUUUUACCUAUACCCACGGGGGAUGCCGGCAUAUGUCCUAUACCUGUAUCUGUGCUUGUGGACCAAAUCCUUCUAUUUUGCACUACGGCCAUGCAGGGCGUCCAAACGAUCGAGAAUUGGUGGAUGGCGACAUCGCAUUGCUUGAUAUGGGGGCCGAAUACCAUUGUUAUGCCAGCGAUAUCACCUGUAGGUAAGUAGACAAUGCAAUGCAUUUCAACGCAAUAAAACAACGACAUAAAAAUCCAUAAACGCCGCGAACCAAUCGAUUGCCUAAUCCCUUGCUUGCUCGAUCGUCCCGAUCAACUCGAUCCUCAGUUUUCCCGUGAACGGCAAGUUUUCGGCCGACCAGCUGAUGGUGUACAACGCCGUGCUCUCGGCACAAAUCGACGUGAUUACCGCCAUGCGCCCCGGGAUUUCCUGGACCGACAUGCACCGUGCGGCGGAACGGGCGAUCCUGGAGGGACUGAAAGAAGGUGGACUGCUGAAGGGGGAUACCGACGCGAUGAUUGAUGCGGAUCUCGGUGCGAUCUUCAUGCCCCACGGGCUGGGCCACCUGAUCGGGCUAGACACGCACGACGUAGGGGGCUACACGGAGGGGAUCGCACCCCCCCGGAGCGACCGGCCCGGCCUGAAGAACCUCCGGACGGCCCGGAAUCUGGAGGCCGGCAUGGUAGUGACCGUCGAACCCGGGUGCUACUUCAUCGACAUCCUGCUAAACUUUGCGCUGGCGAAUCCGGCCCAGUCGAGGUUCCUGAACGCCGAUCGCGUCAACGAGUUCCGGGGAUCCGGGGGCGUGCGGCUGGAGGACGACGUCGUGGUAACCGAAGACGGGUGCGAGAACCUCACGGUUUGCCCGAGGGCGGCGGAAGAGGUGUUGGACGUGAUGGCUGGGGGUGUGUGGCCACCCGAAAAGGACGUCCUCCCCGAGCUGCGGCGGAACUGGGUGCGAAACGAGCGCGGGACACUGGUUCGAUUCGAAUUGCCGAGCGCUACCAAUUGAAUUGAAUUGAAUUGAAUUGAAUUGAAUUGAAUUGAAUUGAAUUGAUUUGAUGGUGCUCCCACUAUUCGGUAUUGCAACGAAACGAAUGGCAGAUGAAUCACGAUACUUGCAAUAAUUGUUGUUUACACACAUUGAGGACAGAACUCUCAAAUAUUCUCCGAUUACUUUAAUGAAGCAGGCAGUAAAGUUUUUAAAAUCCC